GAUUAAGUGAUUAACAAAGCCGGUUUCAAUCUGAGAAAGCUACUAUUAGUUUCUACAACGAAACCGAACCGUUGAGAAACAUGGCUGACACAAACCUCAGCGACGGUUCCAUUAAAAACAUUCGAUGCCAUCACUGCGCAGGACCCCUUUCAAAGGACAUGGAAACCAGUAACUGGACUGUUCCCCCCCUUGUCAGGGACAGUUUUUCUAUGAUCGGUUCUGCCGUUGGUGGCACUACAAGUGCAUUUUAUGGAUUCAACCAUGUUAUGCCAGUUGUUCGGAGAUGCAUAAAAGGACCGAUGUGGUUACAUUUCCUCGUUGGUACACCACCUGUGAUAGUAUUUUCUUCAGCCUGUGCAGGAGUGGCAGGUGGGGCUGUUCCAGCUCUUGCACAACUUGUUUCCUCAUCUUACAAUGCAGCACUAUCAACUCCUCCUUCUGAGGAUGAUAAGAUUCAGAAGUCAAGAACUUCCUCCGCUCUCUAAAAUUUACUCAUACUUAAUAUAAUGUUUUACUUGCACUAUAAUCCUGCAUUCAUACUAUAUAUUUGCUGAGAGUUUUGUUUUUCUCAUGUAAAUGAUGCUUUUCAGCUUUAGUCAUCCACUUUGUAAAUUCAGCUCCCUCAACUGGUUCUAUAGUGAUUACCUCAACUUUGAUUUUAUCGUUUCGUUUAUUAUGUUAUGAUUUGUUAAUCAAUGGGAUUUGUUUUUCUAGUUA